CACGUCGGCUGCUGGGUGAGACGAGCGGUCAUCUCAAGCGGACGCUAUCGAAAAAAAGCAACACGGUUCAGCUGGACUGCGGAAUGUAGUUGAGGGAGUCGCCUGGCCAUGCCCUGGCAGGAUCUUCCUCUCCUUAUCAGACGACAGGCGGAGGCUCAAUAACUGAUAAGACGGCCAAAUUGAAUGCGGCAACACACCAUGUCAUUUGUGUUGCCUUCCAGGCCAGAGGCACUCGGCUGCGCCUCGAGGGUAUGUCCACCAACCAAACGACAGAGUAGACUCGUCCGCGAUGAGCCUUAGCAGUGGCGGCGAUGUGGAGGGAGGCGUCAACGGGAAGAAAAGCGAGAAUGGAGCCCCGACACUCAAGGUGUUCCGGCGGCGCUGGUUGGUGCUGGCCGCCUUCUGCUUCCUGUCGCUGCUCAACGGCUUCCAGUGGGUGCAGUACGCCAUCGUGUCGGACUCGGUGGCCCGGUACUACGGCGUGUCGCUGCAGGCCGUGGACUGGGCCUCCAUGGUGUACAUGCUCAUGUACGUGCCCUUCGUGGCGCCCGCCUCCUGGAUGCUGGAUAAAAAGGGCCUCCGGCACACCGUGGUGCUUGCCGCCGUGCUCAACUGCUUGGCGGCCUGGGUCAAGGUGGCCUCGGGGCGGCCCGACCUGUACGCCGUCACCAUGGUGGGCCAAGCGGUGGCGGCCGUCACCCAGGCCUUCGUCCUGGCCGUGCCCGCGCGGCUGGCGGCGGUGUGGUUCGGCGCGGGCGAGGUGGCCACGGCCUGCGCUAUCGGCGUCUUCGGAAACCAGGUUGGCAACGCCUUCGGGUUCCUGCUGCCGCCGUUGGUGGUGAAGAAUCAGGAGGACGUCGACGAACUGGGCAGCGAGCUUCGCACGGUGUACUACGGUGUAGCCGCCGCCACCACGCUGUCCCUCCUGAUUAUCCUACUCGUGUUCCAGGACGCGCCCCCCGUGCCCCCCAGCCACUCGCAAGCGCUGUCGCAGGGCUCGACGGCGUCCUCCGGCCUGCUGCAGUCUAUCGGCCGCCUGCUCCGCACCCCGGGCUUCGCGCUGCUCGUCGUCACCUACGGCAUCAGCGUGGGGGCCUUCUACGCCAUCAGCACCGUGCUCAACCUGCUCGUCAACACCGUCUUCCCGGGAAACAGCGAUGCUGGCAACAUCGGGUUGGUCCUGGUGGUGGCGGGCUUGCUGGGCUCCAUCGUCUGCGGGGUUCUCCUGGACGCUACCCGAAAAUACAAGGAAGUAACGCUCGGAGUAUACGUGUUGUCCGUCGCUGGCAUGAUUGCGUUCAUGGCUUCGUUCCUGGCGACUUCCAUUUGGGUCGUGUACCUGACAAGCUUCUUUCUGGGAUUUUUUCUCACGGGCUACCUGCCUCUUGGCUUCGAGCUGGCCGUCGAGCUGACGUACCCCGAGCCAGAGGGGACGUCCGCCGGUCUGCUCAACGUGUCAGCUCAAGUGUUCGGCAUCGUCUUCACGGAGCUGUGCGGGCUGCCGCUGGAGCGCCAGAGCGGCGCCGAGCCCGCCGCACACCUCUGGGUCAACGGGUCUCUGAGCGGCGCGCUGCUGCUGGGCGCCCUGCUCACCGCCCUCAUACCGAGAACGCUGCGCAGGCAGACGGCCCAAGCGGCCCAAGCCUCCGUCAAAUAGGGCCUCCAGUGUUUACUUGUAUCACAAAUCACAAAAAAAGAAAAACAAGAAGGAAAGACAUCAAAGAAUUGAUAUCACAUGGGAGGGACUCGUUCUUUACAAAGCUAGAUUGAUGUGUCAGUCGCUGAUCGUUACAUGAAUUGUCCUCUGACGAUUUGUAAUUUUGCAUUUUAACGAACGCUUCCGGUUGGUUCUCCUCUCAGGCAGGGAACAUCGAUGCAUCGCGAUAUCUCGAGAUAUCGAUUCUCGUGCAUAAUCGAAUUUACACUAGAGUCCGUGAGUCCGUGCCAAAAACCUGCUUUUACCAUUCAGAGGGUCGGUACGAGCCUGCUUUGUGCCUACACUCGCAGGGGACGACACGACGCCACCAUGCGGAGGGGCUAGGAAGCUGUCCCGUGAUCGGGGUGUUGUUUAUGGUAUUUGUGACCAUGGCUGUGACAAAAGUCAGGCUUGUUCACUAAGUUAUUUAUUUGAAAUAUGACGAAGUAUGUUAUCGCCGGUCUUGACAAUACCACAUUUACAAAAAAUACUGUUGCCUCGAUCGAAUAAUUGCUUGACAAUUCGUACGUUAAGUAGGGUUAUUUUCGUCUGCUCGGGGCCCGCUGCCAAACUUCACACACAAUCAUUUUGUUCUUACGUUUCCUCAAAUUAGCAAAAUAAACAACUCAAAUGUGACUAGAGAAUGGCUUAAUAAUUGUCAGAAAAAAGGCAAAAAAAAUUCUGCAGCUCAAAACGU